UCGUCAUAAUCUUAAAGGCUUUUAUAUUCCUGAAAUAACAUUUUCUCUACGUGCGCUUUGAAACCAACUCCCGUGCGUAAUUACGCAUAUGGUGGCUUUUUGACCUCUGUUUACGAAGUGAGUGUCAUUUUUGUUAGAAUGCAUUUAUUUGCAGGGGAGCUCGCUUGGCCACGGGCAGAGUUUGUUGAACACCACCCCCUCUUCUCUCUUUCUCUCUUCAGCUGCCGCGAUAUUUUCCAGCUCUGGAGCCUCAACCGCACAGCUCGAUCGAUUCGCAUUGAUUGUCCCUGACGAGCUGCUCCACUUUCUAGCCAAUGUCAGCCAGUCUGCGAUCGGGAAGGAGAGAAAUGAAGGAAAAUCUCUGCCGCCCUGGCGGUGUCAUUUCCACACACUUGGGUUGGCCGCCUGCCAGCAGACAGGACAGUCGAAAGAAAUGGAGUGGACUUUGGUUUUGAGCGAGAGGAGGAGGAUUUUUGUCUGCUUUGCACGGUAUCGUUUGUUCUUUAUACACAUUUGCCGAUAAUCUUGGUCCACUUGGAUUAUACUUCCACUACCCAGCAGCAUUUUUCGACGAAAAUGUCACUCUUAAAAGCACAAGUUAGUUACAGACUAAUGCGUUCACCCCACAUCGCCUCUCAUCGGGGCACUUUUGUGCCUUAAACUAUUCGGAUAUUGUGUAAGAAAAACUUGAACGACCACUCCAACACAAUGUUACAGGACAUAAUGUCGUUUUGUUUAGCUAUCCCCCCAUAGUUUAGUUUCGAAACACCCCCUCAGCUGUCCUGAAAUCAGACCGAGCCGCUCUCUCGCCGGGCGUGCGCCUCGCGCAAAAAAAAUCCAGUUCACUUUUUCCGCGGAGCUCCAAAAAUCUAUGAAAUGUGUUUGCAUGUUCCUCUCUGCAAGCGGGGAUGUAGAGGUGGGAUUGCAAGGACCGAGAAAGCUCGGGGAACCCACGCGUUCAGACGCUGAGAAAGUACUCUUUUCCAGAAUAACUUACGGUAAAAGAAAAAAAUAUUUCCACAAUUGUCAUCAACAGUCAGACACUCCGCCGGAUUGUGUUUUCGGAGAAGAAGCCGCUUUUUCUGGCCCCUUUCCUAUUUUUUUUGUGGUCACCAUUCGGCAGGGCAGGCUGAGAUACGGACCGCUCGGACUGUGGCAGCAGCCCUCCCGUCUGCUCGGAACUGCUUUGUCUCCCGAUGGCCCCAAAACCAAGGCGGAUGAGGGCUGAGCUGUAGUGAGGGCAGAAGGCUUCGGGGGCCUGCCUGUCAUUGGCCGGCUGAUUGGUCCAUUUAGGUGAGGUACCACUCUCACCGGGGCGAGGAACGGACCGACAAAGAGCUCUUCCCCCGCUCACCCCCUGCCCCCCUUUCCACCCUUACCCCCCAACCCAGGAACGAACGCUCUGGACCAUGUCUAGCAGGCUGUCGGAGGGGGCUCAGACGGAGGACCUGGAGCGGAGUAGCUGCAAACCGGACUCUCCUGUGGUAGAACGCAGGAACCGCAGCGGCAUCAUCAGCGAGCCCCUCAGUAAGAGCCUUAAGAACUCUCGCACCCUCUCCCAGUACACAGCGGUCUCCUCCGCCACGACCAAUGGACACACGGAUAGCAGCGCGGCGAAGAGCCACUCGGCCAAAGCGCAGCCGCCCCCGCCGCCCCAGCCCACGGUCUCUGCGCUGACCGCAGCCAAGCUGGACCGGACCCUGGAGCAGGUUCUGGAGGGACAGAAUGGCUUGCUGCACUUUGCACAGGCGGCAGCGCUGUUAAAGAGAGCCGGCAUGGAGCACAUGCUCCUGCCCGGGGGCAUGGGAGUGGGAGUUGGCGGUGGAGACGCGGGCUCGGGGGCGAGCGACUUGGAGGGUACGUCUGUCACGGAUGCCGUAGGUGGCCCUGUCGACUUCCCAUAUGGAGUAGGAGGUGGCUUCCCCUUCAACCCGGGGCUUUUCAUCAUGACGCCGGCUGGAGUGUUUCUGGCGGACAGCGCACUGCACAUGGCCGGCCUGGCCGAGUACCCCGCACAGAGCGAGCUGGCCUCCGCUAUCAACUCCGGUAAAAAGAAACGGAAACGCUGCGGCAUGUGCCCGCCGUGCCGACGGCGGAUUAACUGCGAGCAGUGCAGCAGCUGCCGAAACAGAAAGACAGGCCACCAGAUCUGCAAGUUUCGCAAAUGUGAGGAGCUGAAGAAGAAGCCCUCUGCUGCUCUGGAGGUGAUGCUUCCUACAGGAGCGGCGUUCCGGUGGUUCCAGUAGGACUCCUCCUCCACUCCCUACCCAAAGCUCUGCCAUCAAGUGCAAUGCCAACCUCCUGGAUUGUCUCCGGAACAGACACUGGUUAAUAAACAAACUAGCAACAAAUACGAUUAUAGAAAGAAAAAAACAUACAAAACAAAAAAGAAAGCCGAAAAAAUAUCAGUCAGAUAAUGGAUGCACCUACUUAUUCCUUGAACCAAAAAUGAAGCAUAAAGAAAAGCAUCUAUGGCAACUUUCAUUCCCUUUUCUAUGUUUCCAUUUUGGUACCUUUUGUCCUUUUCCCAGCUGUUUUUUUCUGUCGCUUAAACAUGGAACUGCUCAUUGCCAGAAACAGAAAUGAUGGACUGAGUGUGGACAAUCAACUUAUUUCUGUGUUUGGUGUUAAUGUUGUUCAUGUGUGGAAAGAAACAGUACUUGUGUAGAGAAUGUAAAUUUACAGCUAUAUUUUAAAACUAGUGGCUAAUGGCAAACGUUAUUGUAAUUCUUCACCAUUAUGUUACUUAAACCCUUGUCUAUUUUAUGAUUCUUUUUGGUGAAGGGUAUUGUUUCCAGACAGAUCAGUGGAUGUCCUUUGAAAGACAAGAAAAUGUCUCAAAUUGUGACGCUGUCAACUUCAGAUUGAGAUUAAACUGAAUAUUGUUAUUGGGCAGAGCUCCAGAGAGCCUUCACUGGGUUGAAGCUGCUUUUUGCCAGAGCCAUCACUACUGUAAUCUCCUCAAUAAGCCCUGCUCUGCAUCUCCAAACUUUUCCUUUUUAGUGAAACUGGCAGCCUUAUGUUACUGUGGCCCUACUGAGCAUGUGCCAAUACAGCUCAGGGCAAUAGCACCAAGAGACAGCACUUGCUCUGAGUCCACCCUACUGAACGCACUGAGACAAGAUUGCUUUUUUGUGUCUUUUUUAAAAAAAAGUUUGUUUAUUUGUUAUAUUUUCAUGAUUUUGUUAUGUUGCUGGGUAGUUAAAGCUUUUAAAAAUAACCAAUCUUUGUAUUUGUUUAGAAAAUUGGACUGGUUUUGUGAAUAAAGAGGAAUGCAUGUAUCCGUGUCAAAAUUGAAAGUUUUGAUGUUUGUCCAAUUGUCUGUUUGCAUGUUUUUUUAACAGUUGUUUUGACUGACAGAAAUACUAAGCGUACGUUUUUUCACAGAUAAAGAGACAUGUUACCUUUUAUAAUUGGAUGCUAUGAGGAUUUUUUUUCCCCAGCAGAACACAUUAAAACUAAAUCAGUUGGUGGUAUGGAUCGCUAUGAUGUCCUUGAUUUGACUGAGAUCUCUGUCCCUGCUGAUGUAAUAUCUUCCUAUAGAGGUGCGAUGGAGCCUUGUAAUGCUAAAUUGUAACCAAAAAUAAUUUAAAAGAUGUUUGAUUAAGAACUAUAAAUGGAUGGAUUGUUUCUUCAGAGUCCAUGGAACCUUCCCAAAAAACGCACCGAAAGCUUUCAUU